AUGGCACGAAGAUACAACUCACAAGCGCCCACUGCCGUUCUUCACCAUUUUAACCACACAGGAUUUGCAACUUCCGGAAUCAAAGCAUCUAUAUGCGUCGAUGGCAACCAUAACGCUAUUCCAUGGACAAGAAGCCGAGACAGACAGGAUAUCAUGGAACACACGUGGCUGAGCCUCGAAGUAGCUCAAGGUGAAGAUGGCAGGAAGGCUGAUGGACAAGCGCUCCUUCAAGAUGUCACUGCUUUUAAUCUGUUAUGUCGUGCUUCGUCAACUCGAGGAUAUUUCGAGUUAGGCAACCAUUGUAACGACCAAAUCUUUCAAUCACUGUUAGAAGAAUGGCCGAGUCGAGACGACAUUCGCCAGAACUUCAACGAUCACGGAUCUUUUUGGGGCGAUUAUGAACAUCGCGACCGUCGACCUGUCACUCUUGAGCCAGCACAUGAUGGAGCUCUGUCCUGGGAUCAUCCCAUGAAUAUCCUCGAGGACAUCGGUAUAGGUACACCCGGACCUCUGGCUCUUGUGGCCCUGUCGCUUUUCGGCAAUGGGUCGUUCUUCCACCUCGCUAGUGAACGGCCACAGAAAGAUAUGAAUUCCACCAUGCGCGAAAUUUGUCAGUCAGAGAAUUAUCCAUUUCAACGUCUCGGUGUCGAGAACAUGUAUUACAACAGAUUAUGUGCUGGUGGCGCGGGAUCAAGUCAAUAUAGGCAGGAAUAUCCUCCAAUGGGGAAUUAUCAUGGCAAGGUUAACUACGAGGUCCUACCCAUUUUCGUCGCACGUGUCUUGGAGACUUUCCGUCAUCCGAAAGAGGCCGAAUCUCUUUUAUACAUGGGAAUGUUCUUUGCGAAUGAGGUACUACUCAGAGAAUCCGCCACUGUGUUUGGAACUGUGCAGUCUCGAUCGAUAUACUCAUCCCCUGGCUGGACGAUCCUCAAGCCACGAAAGACAACGACAAUGAUAGUAGUUAUAUCUACGCUGAUUGUCGUAUAG